AUGAAUUUAUCAGUAUAUGAACAUGCAUUGGACAUGUGGUCAAAUGCAGAUUUUGUUUCUCUUCAAAAGGAACUGGACACAAACGUCCUCGAAGUUAAGGAUAAAGAGCAAUCGUCCUUGGAGUCUAGGAAGGCAUUGGCCACUGAGACUAAGAGAUUCAAAAAACUAGAGUCUGAUGAGAAAUUGAGCCAAGUUAAUAAAAUCAUAAAACAAUAUCAGCAGGAGAUUGAUAACUUGACAAAGAGAUCCAAAUUCUCAGAGCAAAUUUUGUUUAGCAUAUAUGCAAAACUUUCAGAGGCUCCUGAUCCUAAACCUCUAAUACAAAAUUCUUUGAGUAGACUAAGUAAAAUCGAUGAUUCGAAAGAAUUGAAAGAAAAAGUGGAGGAUUUAGAAGAUAAAUUGACCAAGUAUGCUGAUUAUGAGUCCCUUAAGUCAAGGCUACUGGAUUUGGAGCAAAACGCUGCAAUAACUUUAUCUAAGCGACUAGCAGCAAAAGAGCAAGAAAUUACCUCAAUUUGGGAAGAGAAGCAGAGAAAUUGGAAACAAAGAGAAGCUGAACUGACUAAGCAAGUUGAUACGGUUCAAGAAAAUAAUAAGAUGCUAGAAGCCAAAAUCUCAAAACAAUUGGACAUAGACUCUCAUGAAACUUCACCAGACGCUUCUAAUAAGGAUAGUACUGAUUCCAAAUAUAACGCUUCACCAGAGCAAGUCCUACUGUUGCAAGAAUUACAAUCCUCACAAUCUAGAGUUUACCAAUUAGAAAAACGGAAUGAAGAACUUAGCGGAUUGCUGGCUAAGGCCAGUAAUUCAGCUGAAAAGGAAUCUGAAUUACAUUCUAAAGAUGUUAAAAUUAGUCAAAUAGAAAGCGAAAACAUUCUCUUAAGUGCAUCGUUGGAAAAAGAACAUUCUAAUCUGUCUAAAAAGCAAUCUGAAUUCGAUGAAAGUAUGAAAAACGUUAAGAAUGAGUUGGAGUCCUAUAAAUCAGAGCUACAAGCCUUAAGAAUGAAACUAAACAACUAUUCAGAUUACGAACGACUAAAAUCUGAAUUAUCCGCCUUGAAGAAAAUUGAAUUUGGGGCAGAUGACAGUGACAAAGAUGAGGAUAAUAUCCCAAAAGAAGAUAUAACCAACGGUAAUGACAAGAUAGAAUCUACUUUACUAUCUGCAAAUAAAAAACUUCAGGCUAAUCUUGCCGAUCUUCGUUCUAAACAUUCCUCUGAGAAAGAAAGGACGAAAGAGCUCGAGAAGGAGCUUGCUAAGUCACAAAAGAAAAUUCAAGAGUUGCAACGUCUCAAUACGAAUUUAGAACUCGAUUUGGAGAAAAUAGAAGACGUUGAUCAAUCUUUCAAUGACACGGCUAGUAUGAUGUCUGGUGCUACAAGACAAAUGAAUAAUAGAGCUGGGAACUCUGGAAGAUUCUCACCAACCAGUUCAAUUAUUGGCAUUCAGGAGGACAGUGAACUACAAACUUCUAAUAGAUCUGUAAUAUUGCCCAUUAUCACAAAGCAAAGGGAUAGAUUCCGCUCAAGAAACACAGAAUUGGAAAGGCAAGUAAGAGAUUCCAUGACUGAAAGAAAUAAACUUAAUGCCGAGCUAAGCAAACUUAAAAUGGAUAAUAAUAAAUUGUAUGAGAAAGUUCGUUACUUAUCGAGCUAUAACAAUUUGUCAUCAGCAGGCCAGGCUGCCUCAUCUAUGAAUGACGUUGAUUCUGAAGCAUUAUAUUCCAAUAUUUAUGAUGAAUCAUUGCAUCCCUUGGCAAACUUUAGGCAAAAUGAAUUAGAAUACUAUAAAAAAAGGAGAUUGCCAGUCUGGGAAAAGUUAUUUGUCAGUUUUGCAAACAUAAUAUUACAAAAUAAUACGACACGAAUGGUCUUUCUGUUUUAUUGUAUUGGGCUGCAUGGGUUAGUGUUUAUGAUGAGCAUGUACGUAAUAAACCUUACAGGCUAUGUCACACCAGAAAUUGGGACAGUGAAGAGUUCAACAGCAGCUUCCGCUGCAAAAUUGGGAGCACAUGCUGCCAAUUUAGCCGGCGCUGAUGCAUUGGCUGAUGCCGUUCCUGGUAUCCACAUCUAA